UACCUCUUUAUUCUUCGCCUCGUCUUCCCAUCCCCUACUUUCUCUGUCUCUCUCAUCGCUUAUCGGUUUCUCUCUCAUCUUUCCUUUCCCAAUCGUUUUCCUUUAGAUUUUUGGGAUCGUCUUCCUCGCCGUUUGUUUCUCUUGAACGGACCCGGGAUUUUGUCUAGCAGUGGUGAAGGAGGAUUUCACGUGGGCUCGAGAGAUGAAGAGGUGUGAGUUGUGCAAAGGGAGGGCGCGGAUGCACUGCGAGUCGGACCAAGCGAGCUUGUGCUGGGACUGCGACGCCAAGGUGCACUCCGCCAACUUUCUGGUGGCGCGGCAUUCCAGGAACCUGCUCUGCCACGUGUGCCAAUCGCCGAUGCCGUGGUCCGCAUCCGGCCCCAAGCUGGGACCCACCGUCUCCGUCUGCGAACAAUGCGUUUAUAUAAGGAGGGGUGAUGAAAUCGGUGAAGAAAACGAGGAGAUGGGGGAACGGCAGGAGGUGGUGGAGGAGAAUCAGGUGGUGCCGUGGUCGCCUCCACCGACCGUGGAGAGUAGUUCGAGCGGCGAAGAGUCUGUAAGCGGAGGAGAAGUGGCGGUUUCGAGGAAGCGACGCAGGAUCGAGAAUGUUUCUUCGAAUUUUCAGCCCGAUGAAGAUCAAGGCUGCUCAUCUUAUCAGCUAAAUACCUCUGUUCAUCCGCCACCGGAUGCCCCGGCGAAUGAGGCGGCGGGUGCGAAGGACUCAUCGGUAUCCAGAAGAAAAACGACGUCGCUGCUGCACAAGAUCCAGAAAACCGAGCUGGGUCGGGCCGACUCGUGUGGAUCGGGGAUUUUGGAUUCUCUGAGGAGAUUACACCAGGAAGAAAAGGAGUCGGGUACAGGAAUGGCCGAGGUAUGCAUGUUCCCAGGACCGUCGAUCUGAUAAAUUCUGCAACAUUUGUUAGCCGUUAGAUAUUGAGUACUGAUCUCCUUCACUAACACCAAGUUAUUCAGAUAUAGUAUCGGGUUUAUGGUAAGUUUUCAGUUACCACCAAGCGGGUCGGGUUGAGUUGGAGUUUGGAUUUGGAUUUGGAUUAGCUAAGAGUUUACAAGCAUUUCGUCAUUUGUAUCUACCAUGACUGUGUUAAUGUUGUUUCUUGUGUAACCUUUUUAUUUUUGUUUUUUUUUUGGUAAUUUCUCUACUAGAAUUUGGAUGAGGCUUA